UUCGCAUAUUCAUUCCUCACUGCAUCAAUCCCAAAAUCCACUCUAAAAUAUCCACCAAAAUUUCCAGAUUUAAAUAAAUUAAUUGCAGUUUUUUUAGCUACUGAUUAAUCUCAAUGCUGGUGUUUAUUCCUCUAACCCCAAUUAGAGAAAGAACGGAAAUUCAGUAGAGCUGUUGUGGUUUCUGCAAGUUAUAUGUCUGGGAUCGUGGGUUGUUUUUCACCCAGACAUAUCAAUGGCGAUGUUAUGUUUAUCUUGUGCAACUCACCCUCCUUGCUUAAGUUGUGGGACCAUCAAAGUGUCCAAGUUAACCGUUGCCGAUAUUUGCAAAUAUGAUAGAAAAAUGGUGCCAAGUUUUGGAAGAAUGGAUUUGGAUCAAAAUUUAGUGUUUGGAGAAGUUGCAAAGAAUGUGAUAAAAGGUUCUAACCACAAUCGUAGAAUACAAGUUCUGUCUGCUUCAAGUCCUCGUGUUAUACAAACCGUCGACAAGUUAGCUACUUAUUUAUUUAGGACACAGAAGGGAGGCCAUGUGAAGGUUAUUAUUACUAGGUUAAAUGAUGGAAAGUAUGGAGCAAAUGUCGAAGUUUCUUCUUUGCAACUUAGUUGUAAAGAUGCUGAUGAUGUGAUUAUGAGUUGGGGCAUAUUCAGAUCCGAUUCAUCAUCAUUGAUGCCCUUGCAAUUGAACGGUUCUGGAAUCUUUGAAACCCCUUUUGUGAAAAGUUCUCUAGACAAGCUCUUUGUUGAACUGGAAUUUGAUGCAAGUUUAGCUCCUUUCUAUGUUUCAUUUUUGUUAAAAACUUCACUUGGUGGCGAAGAAGUAGAAAUCAAAAGCCAUCGACAGACAAAAUUCUGCUUCCCAGUGGGUAUAAAGUCUGGGUAUCCUGCUCCGCUUGGCCUUUCAUAUUCUGCUGACGGUUCCAUCAACUUUUCUCUUUUCUCAAGAACUGCCAAAAGUGUAAGUUUGUGCCUGUUUAAUGACAGCUCGAACAAAAAACCUACUUUAGAGAUUGAUUUAGAUCCUUAUGUUAACCGAUCUGGUGACAUAUGGCAUGUAUUAAUGGAUAGUGAUAGUGCCAUUAACUUUGUGUCUUAUGGCUAUCGAUGUAGUAAUGAUGGUCAAGAAAGGUCUCGUAAUAAUUCCGUUCUAUUAGAUCCGUAUUCCAAAGUUAUAGGGGAGAAUUUUCUUGGGGAAAUCUGCCGGGAACCUGCUUUUGAUUGGAGUGGUGAUGUCAGGCCAAACUUACCAAUCGAGAAACUAAUGGUUUACCGGUUAAAUGUGAUGGAUUUCACUAGUGAUGGAUCAAGCAACUUACCUAACGAAAUUGGAGGGACUUUUUCCGCUGUUACUGACAAGUUACAUCACUUUAAGAAUUUGGGUGUUAAUGCAGUCUUAUUUGAGCCGAUAGUUCCUUUUGAUAAGAAAUUAGGACCAUAUUACCCUUCUCAUUUCUUUUCACCACAGAACUCGUUUGGACCUCCUGGCAGCUCUAUAUCUAAGAUUAAUUCUAUGAAAGAAAUGGUAAAGAGAUUACACGCCAGUGGGAUCGAGAUUUUUCUAGAAGUUGUCUUCACCCAUACUUGUGAGGAUUCAUCACUGAGCAAAAUAGAUAAACCGUCUUAUUAUUCUGACAAGAAUGCCCUGAACUGUGCCCACCCUGUUGCUCAACAACUGAUCCUAGAUAGUCUUCGGCAUUGGGUGAUUGAGUACCAUAUUGAUGGGUUUUGUUUCAUCAAUGCUUCUUCUAUGAUAAAGGGGUUUAAUGGCGAGAAUCUUUCUCGCCCACCUUUAAUUGAAGCCAUCGCUUUUGACCCAAUACUCUCAAAAACCAAACUUGUUGCAGAUUUUUUUGACCCAAUCUGCAGAUCUGCAAUAGAAAUCCAGUUUCCUCAUUGGAAUAAAUGGGCAGAAAUGAACACAAAAUUUUGUAGUGAUACAAGAAAUUAUCUAAGGGGUGAGAGUCUCGUCAGUAAUCUUGCAACCCGACUAUGUGGGAGUGGCGAUAUCUUCUUAAAUGGUCGUGGUCCCGCCUUUUCUUUCAAUUUUGUCACUAAAAACCAUGGAUUCUCUCUUGUAGACUUGGUCAGUUUCAGUAGCACGAACGAGUUUAGUUGGAACUGUGGUGAAGAAGGUGCCACCAAAAAGAAAACAGUUCUUGAGACUAGACUCAAACAGAUUCGUAAUUUUCUUUUCAUUUUAUACAUAUCUUUGGGUGUUCCAGUCCUCAAUAUGGGAGAUGAAUGUGGUCAAUCAUCAGGAGGGAAGGAGCAUGUUAAACACAGUGAUAGAAAGCCAUUCAGUUGGAAAGCCUUACAAACUGGUUUUGCUAUUCAAACAACUCAAUUCAUUUCAUUCUUGAGUGCGUUAAAAAUCAGAAGAAGCGAUCUUCUUCAAAGCAGGGAGUUUUUAAAAGUCGAGAAUAUUGAUUGGCAUGGACCGAACUUAUCUCCACCAGCUUGGGAAGAUCCAACAAACAAAUACUUAGCCAUGAGUUUGAAGGCUGAGCAAGUUGACCAAGAUGAAGAAAACCCGUUGCCAGGCGACAUGUUUGUGGCCUUUAAUGGUGGAGAUGCUCUGGUAACUGCUAUGGUACCCCCACCUCGUCUGGGUAUGGUUUGGGUUCGUUUGGUGGAUACGGCUCUUCCAUAUCCUGGAUUCUUUUCAAUGGCGGGCGAGCUCAUUGUUGAGAAGAUACCUGGAUCACUUACUUAUGAAAUGGCGCCUCAUAGUUAUGUUUUGCUUGAGGCCAGGGCUGUAGAUGGUUGAUGCUCAGUAUAGUGGUAUAUUCUAGUUAUUUUUUGAGCUUUGAUUAUCAUAAAGGAUGUCCUGUUUAUGUUGUAACAAAAAAGAUUACAUUUUUCAUAGUAAAGCACUUAUAAUGUAAAGCAAUGCAGAUAUCAACAGAAUUGAUUUGUUUUGGCGCUA